GCAGAAUUCGAUUGGUUCCGUUAUGGCCCGAGCCCGAUCCAAGAUGGUCGCCCGUCGUGGCGCCAAGCCGCUGGCCAAGCCGACGCCGGCGCCGGUGGCGGAGCCGUCCUCGGCGUCCGAACAAGACGACGCCAACGACGCUGAAGCACCCGCCGAGGCGAGCGAUGCGGCAACGAACGAAUCCGCCGAGGAGGCAGACGAUGUUGAACCCGACGUCAUUGGCGCUGGCUCUGCCGAAGACGACGCUGCCGACGAUGCCGCUGCCGAAGACGACGCUGCUGAAGACGACGCUGCUGAAGACGACGCUGGUUCUGCCGACAACGACGCUGCCGAGGAAGACGAGGACGAGGACGACUUGGCGCCGGUGGCCAAGAAGGCCAAGAAGGCCAAGAAGGAGACGAAGAAGGGUGUCAUCUACAUGAGCCGCGUGCCGCCGUUCAUGAAGCCGGAGAAGGUCCGGCAUUUGCUCAGCCAGUAUGGCGACAUUGAGCGUAUUUAUUUGGUCGAGGAAGACAAGACCGCGCGCAAGAAGCGUCUCAAGGCCGGCGGCAACAAGAAGGUCAACUUCACCGAGGGCUGGAUCGAGUUUUCGCACAAGUCGGUCGCCAAGCGCGUCGCGAGCGCGCUCAACACCAAGCCCAUGGGCGGCAAGAAGCGGGGGUUCUACUACGAUGACAUUUGGAACCUCAAGUUCCUCAAGGGCUUCCAGUGGACCCACCUCACCGAGAAGAUCGCGUACGAGAACCGCGUCCGCGACCAGAAGCUCCGGCUCGAGAUCGCGCAGGCCGCGAAGGAGAACGCAGCGUUCAUGGAGCGCGUCGAGCAGUCCAAGCAGAUCGACAAGAUGGAGGAGCGCAAGAAGGCCGAAGCCAUCGCGGUGCCCAAUGCCAUGGACAACAUUCGCCGUACGUUCCGCCAAAAUGCGCCCGCCGACAAGACCAAACAAGCGUCGCUCGGCGACCACUCGAAAGCGCUGCUCACCAAAGUGUUCAAGCGCAAGCUCGACGAGUAGUAACCUGCCCAACAUACCUCUUCUAGACUUUACAUUGUACAUUGCGCUGCGAGCAUCCCUCGAGACGCGGCUCGGUGCUUGUCGACUGCUGUCUCAGCUGCUUCCGUCGCCUUGGAGCGUGAACCAAAGGUAUCCACCAGAACGUUAACGGCCCUUGCACUACAGAACUCGAGUCUGC